AGCGCUUCGACCACCACUGUCCCUGGGUGGGCAACUGCGUGGGGAAGAGGAACUACCGCUACUUCUACCUCUUCAUCCUCUCGCUCUCACUCCUCACCAUCUACAUCUUCACCUUCAACAUCGUCUACGUGGCGCUGAAAUCUCUGAAGAUUGGGUUCCUGAACACGUUGAAGGAAACCCCAGGGACUGUACUGGAGGUGCUCAUCUGCUUCUUCACGCUGUGGUCGGUGGUGGGGUUGACGGGGUUCCAC